UGGUGUCCUCCUCCUAGUCGCCGCCGCAGCCGCAGUGGCCACUGGCCUCCCCAUGGUGGCGCCGCCUCCUGGCUUUGGCUGGGUGCGGCCGCAGCACGCUCUGCCUGUGGGACGAUCUCCACUGCUGCCUCGAUCUCGGCUGCCACACACGAUAUCCACCAUCGUGAGCGGCUACCCUGCUCCUGUACUACGUCCGGGGACUUCAUUCGAGCAGACAGCAAUCGCUGAAGCCUCGCUGAGUGCUGUGACCAAGAAUCGUCAAGUCGAGUCUGCUACGACGAUGGCUACCACGAGGGCCGCGGUGUCCCCCACAGCUGCCACGACGAGGCAGCAGGGCCUGCUGAGCUUCAUCAACGUGCCGGACAUCCCGUGUCCUGAGGGACAGCGGCGGGACCCCGCGGGAAACUGCCGGGACGAGUGGUAGAGCAGAGAUUCCUGGAACUGAGGAUUCCGAGAUUUG